CACCACAGACACCUGUUUCGCCCCUGCCCCGCAGGCGUGAGGGGGGAGCAAAGGGCCCUGCCGGCACGAGGCGUGCCCCGUGCAGAGCCCGCGCUGGGCUCGCGCUGGGCACUGCCUGCGCAGUUCGCACCCCGGCAGUGGUAGCUCCGCUCCGUGUCUAGGGAUAAGUACUGGGGGGCUGCCCGCCGGGGGACCCCGCCUAGGUAGUUCCUGCAGAAAGAGUCUCCUGGAGCUCCAAAGGACAGGACCCACCCUGCUUUGGAGGCUUCCCACCUUAGGCACCGUCUUUGUGCAGCUUGAUGGCCCUUAACGAGCCCCGGACCUCUUUUGCAAGAGAGCAGCAGAGGAGCAUCUGGAGCGCCCUUUCUCUCAGCCAGCCUCACGCACCUGCCCUAGCUCACUGCUGCUGGCUCCAAGAGGAAGUUGAAGCAGUUGCCUAUCCAUGAAUCACUUCAUGAGGAACCACAUAUCUUUCUACAGCUUCUGCAGAUCAGCUGAUAACAGGCUAGAAAGAAACUCGGGGAGAGGUGGACCAGGAGAGCUUGUGAUGCCCUCAGCUGUGCUGCAUUCCGCCUGUAUUCCUUCUUCUGUUAAUUUUACUCCCAGACUGGACCAUCUGUUCUUCCCAAGGAUGACUGAGAUAUGGAAGUGUUUAAAUACUCCAGUAGUGGAUUAUCCACCUUCUUGCUGGAAAGUAAAGGAAGUUUCAAGUAUGAUGACAAAGCACUUGACAGUCUCCCAGUGCCGUACCCCUGGCUUGUCCCAGCUCCCAUAAAAUCCUGAAGCUGGCACUCCCUCGCACUUCGAUGUAGAUGAUCCUCUCUUACGAUCCAGCACCUGCAGUCAGGUUCUGGUAAGUGCUGCAGAAACAUGGACCAGAACAAAACUCCCUACCCAGGUGGCUCAUGCGUUUGAUCCAAGCCCACUGACAUGCUCCCAGCAGAUCUAAGUAGACCUGUACUGUACGUUUCACUCCCAAAGACAAGCGUGUUCUCCAGCAAACGAGUGCUGCUGCGGCUCUCCAGUACCUGGGCUUGCCCAGGCGCCCUCUCUGCGGAGAUCGUGGUGAGGUCGUUCCUCGGAGCUCUCCGCCGAGCCGGGAGGGCUGCGGCGCCGCCUGGCGGCCGGGAGACGGCGCGCAGGGAGGGGAGCUCCGCCUGGCUCCCGCCCUCCCUCUCCGGGGUGUAGCCAGAGCCCAUGAAGGGGCGGGAGGGAGGAGGACCGGGGCUGGCCGUGCUGUGCCGUGCCGGCCUGGCGGUGUUUUGCCUGCGUGCUGGGGGGUUUGGGACCUGUGCUCGCCUCUGCUUGGAGCUGCAGCUGCGGCCGCUCCCGGCACUGGAGCCCUCCUCAGGGAGGCGGCCGCCGGGCUCUGCGAGGAAGCUUCCGCCGGACCGAUGCUGCUGCCUGCCUGGGAAAUGUGCCUGUACGGUGUCCUCACUGUAGGCUCUCACUUCUAUGCUUUCUAUGAAGCCCACCAGGUGUCUCAAAGGUAUGAAGCAGCAAUGGACAGAAGGUUUGGGCUGGAACCAGGAACUCUAUUCUGGGGCCUCAAAAAGGACCCCAUGGACUUUGAGUGGAGCUACUGGAUUGAAUGGGGAAGAGAGUAUAUAUUGUGGCUUCUGGCUGGUCACUUGCUGGUAUCACAAGUGUCCAGGCUCUUGGUGGAAAAGUAUAAACCAUGGUGCUUGAUGGUUUAUGGAAUGGCUGCCUGCUGGUUGUUACUGGGAGUCAAGGGCCUUGCUGUCAUUUUGUUACAUGCAACCAUUUCGUUUGCUGUGGCUCAGUUUCAAAUGUCCCUCCUGACAUGGUUGUGCUCCCUCAUCUUGCUCUCCACUUUACGCAUACCAGCUGUAGAAGAAGCCAAGAGAAAGUGGUAUGACACUGAAAAUGAGUAUUAUCUGCUGCUUUUCACCGUGUCUGUCCGCUGCCUCUUUUGCACUAGCUUCAGCCUAGAGUACUGCUGGCAUGGACCUGCACAGAAAUCAUCUCACUCAUUCCUAUGGAUGCUGGCAUAUGUGUUUUACUACCCAAUGUUCCACAAUGGGCCUCUUAUGAAUUUUGAUGAAUUCAGCAAACAGAUGAGGAGUCAAGAAGCCUUCAGUUUGAAGACCAAUCUCAGCAUCUUAGUCGUGGGCAUAAUUCGCAUUUUCUUUUGGUGGUGCCUGGCAGAGCUGAUGAUUCACCUCAUGUACAUCCAUGCUCUCUAUGGCAGUGCUCCACCUCUGGAAGCUGCAUCAUACUGGGCCUUGGGUGGCCUGGCUUUAGCUCAAGUGCUAUUUUUUUAUGUGAAAUACCUGGUUCUGUAUGGUGUUCCUGCCCUCAUCCUUCGAAUGGAUGGACUCAAACCUCCAGCUCUGCCUUCCUGUGUGAGCCUGAUGCACAGCUUCACUAAAAUGUGGAGGAGUUUUGACGUUGGGCUACAUCGCUUUCUGGUCAGGUACAUUUAUGUCCCAAUGGGAGGAUCUCAGUCCAGUCUGCUGGGAAUGCUGUUUUCCACAGCCCUCACUUUUGCCUUCGUAAGCUAUUGGCAUGGAGGACAGAGUUAUCUGUGGUACUGGGGCAUACUGAAUUGGCUUGGAGUGAUUGUGGAAAAUGGAGUCAAGAGGAUCCUUUCUAUUUCAGUUAUCCAAGAUUUAAUCGAGCGCUGCUUCUCACCAAGAGUUCGUCGUCGACUUCAUGCUGUGCUAGCAUCUCUUAGCACUUCCAUGUUGAUUUUAUCAAAUCUAAUAUUCCUUGGGGGAAAUCACAUUGGAAAAAUCUACUGGAACAGGAUCUUUAUGGAAGGCUGGCCAUGGGUGACCCUGACUGUUCUCGGGUUCCUGUACUGCUAUUCUCAGGUUGGAAUCGAAUGGGAGCAGACCUACACCGUCAAUUACCAGUGAUGCAAAACAAAGACAACCUGCCUAGGAGCCACACUGAGGGCUUUUUUACUCAGAAUACCUUAUCUGCAGGAGGAUGUAGCAGACUGAGUUAAAUGUGUUAAACCAAAAAGCUCAUUUCAUAGAAUCAGAAAGACACAGAAUCAGCCAGGUUGGAAGAGACCUCCAAGCUCAGCCAGUCCAACCUAGCACCCAGCCCUGACCAGUCAACCAGACCAUGGCACUAAGUGCCUCAGACAGGCUUUGCUUGAACACCUCCAGGGAUGGCAACUCCACCACCUCCCUGGGCAGCCCAUCCAGCGGCAAUCACUCUCUCUGGCAACAACUUGCUCCUAACAUCAAAUGUAUAUCUCCCCUGGCACACCUUGAGACUGUGUGCCCUUGUUCUGCAACCCCUAAUUUGAUGAAUUCUGCAUUGUAAAUGCAGGAAUCAAACCAGAAGCACUGAUGGGCUGCAGCCAGGGGUGGAGACAAAUUAUGAAGCAUUUUGAAUUAUGUGAUUUUUGUUAAAAAUGCCCCUCUGUGACUCUGUGCCAGGAACUUGCAUUUCAGAACAGGUAUUUUAUAUAUGUUGACAGGGGCCUUUUUUUUUUUUCCUCUUUCAUUUCCUCCAAUAUUUUACUGCCUAUUUUAAGAUAACUGAAGGAAAAAUUUUCUCCUAUCUUGAAGAACUCAAAAAGCCUAAUCUUUGACAGCCUCAGUCUAGAGACACACAGGGCUGUGCCCUGCACUUACACUACUCCAUGAAGGGCAUGAUUCUCAUCAGUUCUUCUUGAUUGCUUUCUGAUAAAAGUUAGAACAUUUUUGCUAUUCUGACUGACUGUAGUACUUCAGCCUUAAGCUACUUUUCUACCUACUGCACACUGUCUACUUUUUCUCUCCAAUGUGUAGCCAGGAGAGGUUGGUCUCUUCUCCCAGGCAAGCAGCAACAGAACAAGGGGACACAGUCUCAAGUUGUGCCAUGGGAGGUCUAGGCUGGAUGUUAGGAGGAAGUUGUUGGC